CGCUGUGAUUCAUUCCUUAUCCGUUGUCUGUCUCCCUAGGAUCCCAUAUCGAGCUCCGUGCCUGCGUGCGCGGGCACGUGUCGGAGAGCCUCACACGCGGCGCCCAGCGCGACGCCCGCCGCCGCGUCAUCCUCUGAGAUUGGCAUCGUUAUUGUCCGCCUGACCGCCUCGCGCAGUCGCGCCACGGCGCUCCUCCCACCCAGCAGCGACCAGAAAGCUCGCGCGACACCGGCCGAUAGCUAGCUGGGAUCAGAAGACAUUGUUUGGUGCGCCAUGGCGUCCAUGCAGAGGAGCCGCGAGGAGCACGCGCGGUCCGCGGCGCAGAAGGCGGCCGACGAGCUCGCCGCGUCGAGGCGGGAGCGGGAGCGGGAACAGGUCCACGAGGCGGCGCCCGUCAGCCCCCGCGGCGGCGGCGGCGGCAUCCUGAGCAGCGUGCAGGAGAGCGCGCGGUCCGUCAUGGGCGCCGUCCGCAGCACCUUCUCCGGCGGCGGCGCCGGGCACGAUGACAGCAGUGCUACCGCCGACGCGGCGGCGGGCAAGGCGGCGGCGGCGAUGGAGAGCGCCAAGGAGUACGCGGCGGACAAGAAGGAGGGUAUGCGGCGGGCGCUCGCCGGCGACGCCGUGGGGAAGAAGGGCGAGACGGACGAGUCGGCGUGGCAGCAGGGGCAGGACGUGCGGCGGCGCGCGGCGGAGAAGGCCAAGGAGGAGGAGGCGCGCACGCACGAGCCGUCCGAGGCGGAGAAGGGCCGGGCGGCGACGGAGAACAUCUACGGGAAGGCGAGGGGCGCGAUGGGCGCGUUCGGGGAGAAGAUGGUGAUGCCGACGGACGUGGUGGAGCGGAAGCGGGCCGAGGCCGCCGGCGGCGGCGGCGGCAGGGAGGCGGCGGCGCCGACUGCGGGGACCGGGGGCGACGAUGAGUCCGCCUCCGAAGAGGACGUGAUGCUGCGGGUGAAGGCGGCGGACCAUAUGUCGGGGCAGGCGCUCAACGACGUCGGCGCCAUGGGCGAAGAGGGCACCGGCAUGCCACGGCGGCGCUAGGCCGGCCGCUAGCUUGUUCUUGGAGCAGAAGUGCAGGGCGGCCCGGGUGUGGUGUUUUGAACUUCUCCACGUACCAAAAUCUUGUGUGCGAGGCGAGGUAGUACACUAGUACUUCGAACAAUAAUAUACGAGCGAGUCGCCUCUGUUUAUAUAGCAUCAUACAGAACACAAGCUUGUGAUCGUACACAACACAUGGUUUUCCAUUUC